GCCGAGGAAGGUGAGCGAGUGUCUGGAGGGGAGGACUCGGGAGCGCGACCAGCCGAGGGAUCGAUCGGAUUAAACUCGAUUUGAGUGAAAUUAACACAAAGGAGAGAAGAGCAACGCACACUAGUCGGCGAGGUCGCAGAUGCGAGACACGCCGGAGAAAUAUUUCAUGAAUAAGAAACUUGAACUUUUUUUCCUCUGUUUAUUUAUAUUUCAAACGAAAAAAGGACCACGGUGGAUUUUUUUUCAAGCCAGCGGAGAUACUAACCCUACUAACGAGGAGUUGAUUUGAUAAAAAGCCCGAAGUGACCGAGCUUGUUGGGAACCAUGGAGUAGCAAGCUUCAGAUUAGCAGCUAGCUGAUUAGCUCCUCACUGCACAACACACCUCCCUCCAUCCAGUCCCCUCCAUCUGUGGGCCCCCCACCCAGCCAUGGCGGACCCAGGGAUGUUGAGUUUGUUCGGGGACGAUGCAGGGCUCUUCUCAGAUGGAUUAGAUGGUUUAGGAGACUGCUUCCCUCAGCAGCCGGCCCCUGCCCAGUCCACCCCUUUAGCCCCGCAGACUAAUCCCUCUCUGAACCACGAGCACCAGGGAAACAGGGGCUACCACCAGGGGAUGAUCCACGGCGCUGGGGCCGGCCCAGGGCAGCCCAAACUGGGGCAAAUGUACGACCACGGCCCCUACACAGGCUAUGAUCAACCCGGAGCCCCCGGGGGAAGAAUGAUGGCCCAGAAUGGUCCCAGCCAGGGGCCGCCAAACGUGAACCCCGCCAUGAACGGCAUGGCUUCCCACUACCAUAAUAACCCGGCUAACUCUAGCAACCCCCACCACGGGUACCCGGGUGACGCUGGGGGGGGAGGAGGUGGGGGUGGAGUUUGGGGCCAGCAGCAGCAGCAGCAGCAGCAGCAGCAGAGCAGAUCAGCUUAUCAGCAGCCUCCGACACAACCAGGGGGCGGCCCCAACCAGAUGGGAGGCUACCAGAUGUCUCAAGGCAACUACGGUGGGAUGCAAGGCCCGCCUACACCCAAUGCAGCUCGCAUGAACCAACACUACCCUUCACAGAGCAUGGCGCCCCCUCCUGCUCAGGACCAAUCUCACUACCUGGGACAUGUCGGAAUGGGGGGGGCCCAGAUGAGACACCCUCAGCCCCAGUCACAACCCCAGGGCUAUACCAACAUGGGCCAUACACCCCGUUACCCACACUCCCCCUCCCGACAGCCUCCGCACCCCCACCAGCACCAACAAGGUAUGGCGGGGUUCGGGGGUGCCCAAUACCCUGGCUAUCAGGCCCAGUAUGGAGCCAUGGGACCUGGGAUGGGCCAGGGUGCUAAUGCUAAUGCUAACACCAGCCAGGCCAUGGGACCAGGACAGCUCGGGCAGAGGUUCAACCAGGGAUCAGGCCCGGGAGCAGGGCAGCAGGGCCAGCGCUACCCCCCUGGACCACCUCACCAACCCCAACCCCACCAGACCCAUCCUGCCCCGAUGCAGCAGCAGGCCGGGCAGCAAGGCCAGCCUAUGCAUCCCCAACACCCCCAGAACCUCCCUCAGCCCCAAAACCCACCCCAGUCCCACCUCGCCCCCCCCGCUCAGGGAUCUUACCCCUCCCCCUCAUCCAUGUCGCCCAUGCGGGUUUUGGGAACCCCAACACCUCCUCCGCAACAAGGCAGACCCCCUAGUGCGGGGCUAGCUGGACCCCCAGAGGUUGCAGGGUACACCGCCCUGCAGUCUCCACCCAAUGCCAUGGCCCAUCCACAGAGAACUCCCCAAAUCCCUCUGUCUACCCCGCACCCCCAACACCAGCAGCCCCACAACAUGCCCCCGAACACAGGGCAGAUGUACCCCGGCAUGGGGCCGCAGCGGGGCCCACAAAUGGGGCCAAACAGGCCUCAGAUCCAGCAACAGCAAGGGCCUCUUGAAGCUCCAGUCAGCCAGGGGGGAGACCAGCGUCUGCUCCAGGCCCAGCAGCAGGCCUCUCGAAGCGCGCAGCCCCUGCAGCCCGCCCCCAUGGGUUUCCAGGGUCCCACUGUCAGUCAGCACGGAGUUCCGGCCCCGAACCAGAGCUUGGCGCCACCCGCCCCGAACGCUCAGGCGCAGCACGCACACAUGCCUACUCAGGCCCACCACCUGCAGAGCACGCCCCCUCCCCCCAACCAGGCCUCCCACCCAUGGGCACCUCCGCCUCCCGCCGCCCACCCGCUCUCCUCACCCCCUCUCACCCCACAGAAAGUGCCUCACGUACAGCAUUCCCCCAGUGACCCAUCAGGCGACGCCUCAAUGAUGGUUCCUGACAGGCCGACAGUCGGCGCCGGAGCCCCCGGCCAGCCUAUCAGCACAGAGCAGCCCAGCGACCAGGAGACCAAGCCAAAAAAGAAGAGGAAGAAGAAAGCUAAAAUAGUGGAUGCGGAGGAAGAAGAGGGAGGGAAAAAGGCAGCAAGAGAUGGAGCCGGAGGAGAGGAAAGCGUCAAGUCAGAGUUUCCGGGAACAGGAAGUGAUGCGGGUGAACAGGUUACUGGCACAGGAACUGUAGAGGGAAGUUCACCACUGGUGGAGGAGAAGAAAAAGAGGAAAAAGAAACCAAAGGAGAAGGCAGAGGGCAAGGAGGCCAAGGAGCCCAAGACCCCGAAGACGCCCAAAACACCCAAGACCCCCAAAGAGCCCAAGGAGCCCAAGGAGAAGAAACCCAAGAGCUCCACGCCCAAAAGCAAGACCCCCAAGAAAACCAGCAGUAAGAAGGUGGAGUCUGAGGGCGGGACUAGCGCUGCUAAGAAGGAUUCCAAGAGGAAGAGAGAGUCGUCAGUCAGCGACGAUGUGGAGGUGAAGUCUCCGCCCCCCUCAGCUCCUGAAGAUGACGACGAUGAUGGCGUACAGAAGCGUCGCUCCAGCCGUCAGGUGAAGAGGAAGAGGUACACGGAGGAUCUGGAGUUCAGGAUCUCAGAGGAGGAUGACAGCGGAGACGACUCACCAACACCCAAGUCCCCAUCGUCACAACAACAGGAUGUGGCUGAGGCUGAGGGGCCUGUCGUGGAGAAGAUCAUGGGCAAACGCAUCACCAAGAAACAGCUGGAGUCGGGGGAGGAAGUGGAGGUGGAGGAGUUCUACGUCAAGUUCAAGGGCUUUUCAUACCUCCACUGUCGUUGGGCAGACCUGGAGGAGCUGGAGAAGGACAAGAGAAUACACCAGAAGGUCAAGAGGUUCAGGGCCAAGCAACAGCUCAACAACUUCAUAACAGAGAUGGAUGAUGAGCCUUUUAACCCGGACUACGUGGAGGUGGACCGCGUCCUAGAUGUUUCAGAGAGCACAGAUGAAAACGGAGAGACGGUGACCUUAUAUCUGGUGAAAUGGUGCAGUCUGCCUUACGAAGACUCCACCUGGGAGCUGAAGGCCGACAUCGACCAGUCCAAGAUUGAGGAAUAUGAACGCAUCGCAGACCGCACACCCAACACUAAGAGAGUGGAUCGGCCUCCUGCAGCCGACUGGAAAAAGCUGGAGGGCUCCAGGGAAUACAGGAACGGCAACGCACUCAGGGAAUACCAGCUGGAAGGCCUCAACUGGCUAACCUUCAACUGGUUCAACUCACGUAACUGUAUCUUGGCUGACGAGAUGGGUCUGGGAAAGACCAUCCAGUCCAUUACAUUCCUCUACGAGAUGUACAUGAAGGGCAUUGAGGGGCCAUUCCUGGUCAUUGCCCCGCUCUCCACCAUCCCAAACUGGGAGAGAGAGUUCAGGACCUGGACUGAGCUCAACGCGGUGGUCUACCACGGCAGCCAGGCCAGCCGCAAGACUAUUCAGGCGUACGAGAUGUACUACAGAGACACACAGGGUAAGAUAAUAAAGGGAGCGUAUCGGUUCCAUGCGGUGAUAACAACCUUUGAGAUGAUUCUGACUGACUGUCCGGAGCUGCGUAGCGUGCCGUGGCGCUGUGUGGUGAUAGACGAAGCCCACCGCCUCAAAAACCGAAACUGCAAACUACUGGAGGGACUCAAAAUGAUGGACAUGGAGCACAAAGUUCUGUUGACGGGAACUCCUCUCCAGAACACCGUGGAGGAGCUCUUCAGCUUACUCAACUUCCUGGAACCCGAGCGCUUCCCGUCUGAACAGACAUUCAUGACUGAAUUUGGAGACCUUAAGACUGAAGAACAGGUUCAGAAACUGCAGGGCAUUCUGAAACCCAUGAUGUUGAGAAGACUGAAGGAGGACGUGGAGAAGAAUCUGGCCCCCAAGGAGGAGACCAUCAUUGAGGUGGAGCUGACCAACAUACAGAAGAAAUACUACCGGGCCAUUUUGGAGAAGAAUUUCUCAUUCCUGUCCAAAGGAGGUGCAGCAGGAGGUGGAGGCGGAGGAUCCAGCGUCCCCAACCUCCUCAACACCAUGAUGGAGCUGAGGAAAUGCUGCAACCACCCCUACCUCAUUAACGGAGCGGAAGAGAAGAUCGCAGAGGAGUUCAGGGACUCCCACGGCGGCAGGGCUGACAUGCCGGACAUGGCCCUCCAAGCCAUGAUCCAGGCUGCUGGCAAGCUGGUGCUCAUCGACAAGCUGCUGCCCAAACUGAAGGCGGGCGGGCACAGAGUCCUGGUGUUCAGUCAGAUGGUCCGCUGUCUGGACAUCCUGGAGGACUACCUCAUCCAGAAACGAUAUCCUUAUGAACGUAUAGACGGCAGAGUUCGUGGUAACCUGCGGCAGGCAGCCAUCGACCGCUUCUCCAGACCGGACUCGGACCGUUUUGUCUUCCUGCUGUGCACGAGAGCCGGAGGCCUCGGCAUCAACCUGACGGCAGCAGAUACCUGCAUCAUCUUUGACUCAGACUGGAACCCUCAGAAUGACCUGCAGGCUCAGGCCAGGUGUCAUCGUAUCGGACAGUCCAAGGCCGUCAAGAUCUACCGCCUGAUCACCAGGAACAGCUACGAGAGGGAGAUGUUCGACAAGGCCAGCCUGAAGCUGGGCCUCGACAAGGCCGUCCUUCAGAGCAUGAGUGGACGGGAGAACGCCAACAGCGGGGUCCAGCAGUUGUCCAAGAAGGAAAUCGAGGAUCUGCUGAGAAAGGGAGCAUACGGAGCUUUAAUGGACGAGGAAGACGAAGGCUCAAAAUUCUGUGAGGAAGACAUCGACCAAAUCCUUCAGAGACGAACACACACCAUCACUAUAGAGUCUGAGGGCAAGGGCUCCACCUUUGCUAAGGCCAGUUUUGUUGCAGCAGGUAACCGAACAGACAUUUCUCUGGAGGAUCCAGACUUCUGGCAGAAAUGGGCCAAGAAGGCCGAGCUUGACCUGGAUGCCAUCAAUGGACGGAACACACUGGUGAUCGACACACCGAGGGUGAGGAAGCAAACGCGACACUUCAGCAGCGUCAAAGAGGACGAGAUGCUCGAGUUCUCCGAGCUGGAGAGCGACGAUGACGAACCCAGCAAACCCUCAUCCAAACCACGGCGGCCCCAAGACAAAACUCAAGGCUACCCCCGAUCCGAGUGCUUCAGAGUGGAGAAGAACCUGCUGGUCUACGGUUGGGGCAGGUGGAGUGACAUCCUGGCUCACGGUCGCUUCAAGCGCCCCCUGAAGGAGGCCGAUGUGGAGACUAUCUGCAGAGCGCUCCUGGCCUACUGCUUGCUGCAUUACCGCGGAGACGAGAACAUCAAGAGCUUCAUCUGGGACCUGAUCACCCCAAGUGAAGACGGCACAACCAAGACGCUGACCAACCACUCUGGUCUCUCCACCCCAGUCCCUCGGGGCAGGAAGGGGAAGAAGGGGAAGCCCGCAGCCCCGCCUCCACAGACCCCACGAGCUGAUUGGCUGGCCAGCUGCAACCCUGACCACUUACUGCAAGAGGAUAGCUACAAGAGACAUCUGAAACAUCACUGCAACAAGGUGCUGCUGAGGGUGAGGAUGCUGUAUUAUCUGCGACAGGAAGUCAUAGGCGACCAGGCCGAGCGCAUCCUGGAAGGAGCUGAAUCCAGUGAGCUGGAUAUCUGGAUCCCCCAGCCGUUCCACGCCGAAGUCCCAGCCGACUGGUGGGACAGCGAGGCAGACAAAUCCCUACUCAUCGGCGUCUUCAAACAUGGCUAUGAGAAGUACAACUCGAUGCGAGCUGACCCCGCCCUGUGUUUCUUGGAGAGGGUGGGCAUGCCGGACGCCAAGGCUAUCGCCGCUGAGCAGAGGGGCACCGACAUGAUGGCAGAUGGCGCCGAGGGUGAGGACGAGGAUCCAGAGUACAAGCCACUGCGAAUGCCUUUUAAAGACGACCUCGACGACUUCACCAACUCGCCACUGGAUGACAAAGAUGACGCUGGGGAAGGUGAAGCUGAAGCUAAAUCGGCCGAAAAUGGCCAAAGUGUGUCUGCUGUGGCCGGAGCUUCGGGCUCCAACGAGCGACUAUAUUGGCCGGCCGCCUCGGCUCUGACUGCCCGUCUGCGCCGCCUCAUCACGGCCUACCAGCGCUCCAACCGCAGGGAGCAGCUCCGCCAGGAGGCCCUUAACCGGCCCGACGGCCGCAGACGACGACGCAGGGAGUUCCUGCCGGCCAUGGGCAUGGUUACCGAUGCAGCUGGAGGCGGAGCGACUUACAUCCAGGACGGAGCGGGGGUGUUCAUGACAGAAGGAAGCCCGUAUCUGGCUAAAGGCGGUGCUUACUUUGCCAAAGGUGGGCAGUUCAUGCCAGAGGCGUCACCAGUGAUGACCGCCAGCUCCCUGAUGACUGAUGGAGCCAUGUACUACAAGGAGAGAAGACAGAGAUGGACUCGUCGUGAGGAGGCUGACUUCUACCGUGUGGUGUCCACCUUUGGAGUUGUCUUUGACACCCAACGUCAGAAAUUUGACUGGGCACAGUUCAGGGCUUUUGCUCGACUGGACAAGAAGACAGAUGAGAGCUUGGAGAAAUAUUACUAUUCAUUCAUCGCCAUGUGUAAACGGGUCUGCAGGAUGCAGGUCAAGACUGAAACAGAACUUCCAGACCCAACCCUGAUCAUCGACCCCAUCACAGAGGAGCGUGCCUCCCGCACCUUGUACCGCAUUGAGCUGCUCCGUCGCAUCCGAGAGCAGGUCCUCCCCCACCCACUGCUCUCUGAGCGCCUCAAGCUUUGCCAGCCCUCCCCAGACCUCCCAGAGUGGUGGGAGUGUGGCCGCCAUGACCGGGACCUCCUCCUGGGGGCCUCUAAGCACGGCGUAAGCCGCACAGAUUAUCACAUUUUAAACGAUCCCACCUUGGCCUUCCUGGAUGCCCACCAGCGCUUUACCAGCCACCGAGGGCCUGCGGUCAGCGUGGGAGCCCAGGGAGAGAUCACCAAAGCGGGAGCAGCGGAAAGCAUCACGGCGCCCCUCCUCACCUCCGCAGAGCUGGCGAGCGCUGCAGCCGCUGCUCAAAUUGCUGUUGAUGCAGCUAAAGAGGAGGAAGGAGAGGGAAUGGAGGUGAAAACAGAGGUGAAAAUGGAAACAGAGAAAGGGGAAGCUGACAACAUUCCAUGUACCAAGACUAAAACUCCGGAUGAACAGAAGGAAAAUGAGGGAGAGGUCACAGAAGGGAAAGAAGAAAUCACCGCUUCACCGAAGAUGGAGGUGAAGAAUGAAGAGGAGGAGGCCCAACCAAAAACUGAAAAAGAGGAGCAGGAAGAGCAGAAGGAGGAGCAGAGUGCAGAAGAAGAGAAGACUUUGAAGCCAGCUGAUUACGUAGACUCAGCAGAAGAGAAGAAGGACGUUGACUCUCUCAGGGAGCAGACAGAGAAGACGGAGCUCACAGAACAUCCCGACUGCUCUCCGAAAGAUCAAGCAAGCCACAAGACUGCCGAGCAGGAGGACGCAGAGGAGAGGGAGAACCCAGAGGCCCUCAAAUCUCCAAAGUCAGCUGACACAGAGAAAAGCCCGGAGGAGGAAGAGGAGGAGAGGAUGGAUGAAGAUGACAAAUCAGAGAAAUCCUCUCAGGCUGAAGCGAGUGCUGCGUCAGAGCCCAAGAACUUCGACGAAGAGAGCAUUGCGUCUCUGAGCACGUCGGCCCAAAAUGAAACCAGAGAUGGCUUCUGCCCCGACGACCUGCCGGAGACGACCGCACUGCAGGCCUUACAGGACCGAGCCUACGCCUUCUCAUUCUGGCCUAAGGAUCGAGUUAUGAUCAACAGGAUGGAUAACAUCUGCGAGGCCGUCCUGAAGGGCAAGUGGCCUGUCAACAGACGCCACAUCUUUGACUUCCCCAGCAACCUGUUGCCAGGGCACGGCUCCACAGUCACCGCAGCAGCCGUAGCCACGGCGACGGAGAGCCCGCUGCAGAGGCGGAGCCUAGCUGAGCUGACGAUGGCCGGCAUCCAUACGCCUUACAGCGGCAGCGAAGACAAAACACUAUCACCACAGGUUCAUGAGGAUGCUCUGAGCCUGUCAGUGCCUCGCCAGAGGAGGAGGAGGAGGAGAAAGAUCGAGAUCGAGGCGGAGAGGGCAGCAAAGAGACGUAACCUGAUGGAGAUGGUGGCUCAGCUGAGAGAGAGCCACUCUGCUGCAGAGUCCCAGAGCCAGGCUAUAGACCUCACCAAGGGGAUGCACCAUCACCAGAAGGCCUCUCCCUCAUUGGCUGGCUUCCCCAGCGCCCUGGUGACAAGCCCCUCCCUCAAAGCCCAGAUGGAGUUGCUGCAGCAAGCCCCGCCCUCAGCACACAGAGCCAAUGGUUCCCUGGAGGCCGACCUGCCCAUCAUGAGGAGGAGGCGUGGCCGCAGGAAAAAUGUGGAAGGCCUGGAGCUGCUGUUCAUGAGCAACAAGAGAGCAGCAGGGGAUGAUGCUGAUGGGACAAAGGGUUCAGGUGCGGAGGGGGUUCAGGAUGCUGCCCGCGCCCACAGACCCCUCACAGUCCCAGAGCAGAGCCCCAGCGCCAGGUCUCUGGCCUCUGGCAGUCUGGAGGAGGAAGAGGCAGCAGUUUCCAACAAGGAGCUGGGAGAGUGGCUGAGGCAGCACCCGACCUACACCAUGGACAUGGCUGGAUUCACACCAAAGAGCGAGGACUUACUGCUGUCACAGUUUUCGAAGCCCAAGCAGAAGCGCCAUCGCUGUCGAAACCCCAACAAGAUCGACAUCAACACCCUGACUGGAGAAGAGAGAGUGCCUGUGGUCAACAGACGCAAUGGACGCAAGAUGGGUGGGGCCAUGGCUCCACCAAUGAAGGAGCUUCCCAGAUGGUUACUGGAGAACCCAGAGUAUUCUAUUGCCCCUGAUUGGACAGACAUCGUCAAACAGUCGGGUUUCCUUCCAGAAGCCAUGUUUGACCGCCUUCUGACCGGCCCUGUCAUCAGGGAGGAGGGCGUCCGUCGUCGGGGUCGACGACCUAAAUCUGAGAUCGCCAAGGCAGCCGCCGCUGCCCAGGCAGCCGCCGCAGCUCAGGCCGCCCAGGCAUCACUGGCCUCUGCUGCUUCAUCUGCAGGAGGAAUCAACCCUCUGCUGCUGAACAGUCUGUUUGGAGGUGUGGACCUGUCGUCCCUCCAGAGCCUCCAGUCUCUUCAGCUGGCCGCCGGUCUGAUGGCCUUCCCUCCACCCACUGACCCCAAACAGGCUGCCGCCAGCGCCGCCGCUGCCUCCAUGUUGCCCCUCAUGCUGCCCGGCAUGGGAGGCCUCCCCAACAUGGCCGCUGCCCUCCCCAACAUGUUCAGCCUCGGCGGGCUGUUUGGCGGCAACCUGGCGACGGCCGCAGCUGCCGCCGCCGCAUCAAACUCCAUCGCCGCCACAUCACGGAACACCAACGGAACAAUGGAGGGAGAGGGAGCUGAGAGCGAUGAGACGGUGACGGCGAAGAGGAAGCGAGGGGGAGAGGAGAAAGACGAGGGAGAAGACUUGGAUGAGGAAGGAGAAGAGGAGGAGGAGGAGGCUGAUGCUAAUGAGGAAGGAGUGAAGAAGGCAAAGAAGAAGGAGAAAGAUGGCGAGGGAGCGGCAGAGAAAUCGGUGAAUGAUGUCGCUCCUCAGGUCCCAGCUGCAGAUUCAUCAGCCGAGGCCUCCAUCAACGGCGACGCCGCAGCCCUGUUAGCUGCGGCCGGAAUGUCGGCCAACUCCCUGGCGUUCAACCCCUUCCUCCUCUCCACCAUGGCGCCCGGCCUCCUCUACCCCUCCAUGUUCCUACCUCCAGGCCUCGGGGGGCUCAGCCUUCCCGGCUUCCCCACCGCCUCCACCCUGGCCGAGCUGCAGAGCGCCAUGGCCGGAGCGCUGGGGGGCAACGCCGUGACCACAAACCCCCCGAGAGACGAGGAGGAGAAGAAGGGGGGGCUGAAAGCUGCAAGAGAGGAGGAGGUGAAGGUGGGAGGAGAGAGGGACUUGGCUGAGGAGAAGGAGGAAGGAGCAGAGGAGGAGGCGAGAGGCGAGGAUUCAGCCCUGGAGGACGGAGGGAUGGAUGAAGAGGAGGAGGAGGAGGCGGCGGCGUCUCCUCAGAAGGACAAGAGUGACUGAAAUAAAACUCAGACUGACGGGCCUUGGACAUUACCUCACCUCUGACCUCCCCCUCUCCUCCCCCGCCACGUUUACACGCCUCCUCCACAAACAUCCAAACUAUCAUGAACCCUGUUUUUUUUUCCUCCCUUUACAUUGUUGUUGAUGAUUUCUCUCGCUCUUUGUUGUUAUUUUUUGGCCAGGUAUAUUUACGAUGCGUCAGAGAGGACGAGGUGUGUGUGUGUUAAGUUAAAUCUCUCUGAUCGACAGUGUAGUCAGGGAAGCUCCUCACAGCCGCGCGCUCCCAGCCCGGCUCCUCUUCAAACACUCUUCUCUUUCUGUCGGGAAGUGCACUGUGAACGGUGCGCCCGCAGGUUUCUCUCCCACAAUCCUUCAAACGAGACUUCUCAUGGUUCCAAUAGUACUAUUAUUAUUAUUAAUAUUAUUAUUAUUAUUGCUGCUUUCAGCUCUCAGAUCUUUGUUUUGUUCUUUUUGCCUCCCUCUCCACCUGGACUGUUUUGUCAUAGUUGGCAGCAUCUCAUCGUAAAGAGAGGAAGCGCCCGCUGCUGGCGUUUAUUCCGACAUCAGUUCUCGAACAGCAUUACAGCUAAACGCCGCUGUCUGUCUGACAACGCUGCUGCUGCGUGAGGAAUCGUGGGCAGCGAGUUGGUCGAGCUGCUCUGUUUUGGAGCAGAUUUAAAGUUCUCACAUAUCAGACCAGGUCGACUCUGAGGCCUAAAACUCAGUCUCACACACUGACAACACACACAUAUUCCAACACAUACUUGAUCAUUAGCUGCACACACACGCCACUACACACACACUAACCCCCCUGAAGCCUCUCUGUCAUGUGACUGUUCUGGGAGGACUCCUCCCCGCAGCUUUUUUCCUUUGAGUGUAUGUGUGUGUGUGAGUGUGCUUGUGUGCGUGCACACUGAACCAAUACUGUUAAACCCAGUCCCACACUGUUUGAAUACCAGUCUCGAGUCUUUCCACUGCCACAUCUGAAUCCUGUCUCUCCAUCCGAGGCGGCUGGUUUUGGGCACCAGAGUGGCAGGCGGGCUGGGUCUGCCGCCAAUCAGGCAUUUUGAUUGGUCCGCUUUGUGCGGCCCAAACCGGCCGUCCCCGUUUGGGGGUUUCUGUGAAUGGAUUUGGAGCGGUGGUCCACACAGGGAUGUGAUGUUUCAGGUUUAUUCUUUAAAAGGGGGCACAUGACAUGGUUGAUUUUUUCCCGGCCGCUGCCACAUUAAGAUCCUUUAGUUUUCUUUUUGUUUGUUUGUUUGUUUGUUUUCCUUCAUAUCCCGGUAGUUUCAGACCAAGUGCUGCUUCCUAGUGACCUUCUCUUUAAAAAAAGACUGUUUCUCUAGUCACACACACUGACACCAGGCCUGGCCAAAACAGGACUGAGACACAUUUUCAACAGAGUUGGAAAUUCACAAGUUUCUAUAUGAAGUUCAACUCUGGUUGCUGAGUAGGUUUUAAAUACUUGAAGAGGCAGACGGGGCUCAAUUUGUUUCCAUUUCCGCGGCCAGUUUAAAGUGUCUGAGGUAAAUCAAGCGCCGCACGUGGUUCAAAUAUUGAAAAUGCAUUCAAACACACUGUGGCCAGGUCAUUAACAUUUGCUAUCACAGCCAGCCCAGCAGACGCAGAGAGGGAGAACAGGACGCAGGGGGAGAGAUCAGUUUCUGCUGUCUGGGACACACCUUCCCCUUAAACUUCCUUGUUCUCUUCUUUGCUGCUGAGACAGCAAUAACCAAGGCAGCUUUUGAAUGUUCCAUCACUCUCCCAACACACACACGCACACAUACACUAUAUGAAUAACCACAAGUGUCGUAUGAAUAGAAAAACAAAACUAAAACUGUAAAUGAUGACAAAUAAGUACUGCAAUCAAUUUUGUCUCACUCUGUUCCUGUUGAUGCACUGGUGUUAAAGAGUUAAAAUAAUCAGGUACCUUUAUUACUUAGCUACUUUUCUUGAAAAUGGACUUUUUGUUACUUUUAGCCAGCAAGCUGAAGAGCAUUACCUCAAAAUUCUUAUCUAGCCUUGAAGUUUACAGACAUACCAUGUAAAUGUUUUUUUUCUUCCUCUUUUUUUUUUGGUGUUUGUCUUUUUGUUUUUUUUUUUGUUUUUUUUUUUGGAAACAUCAUGUAUGAUGAAUUGUAGCUAUGAUGCUUUUAAUAAAAGUGAAUCAUGAUAUUCGCCUAGGAAACCAAA